UCAGGUUAAAGUGGGGGGGAAAAACCAAACCUAGAAACAUCGUUGACUGGAUAGAUUUUUCAACAUGAAUCGUGCUUUUAGCAGGAAGAAAGACAAAACAUGGAUGCACACUCCUGAAGCCUUAUCAAAGCAUUAUAUUCCCUAUAAUGCAAAGUUUCUCGGCAGUACGGAGGUGGAGCAGCCCAAAGGCACAGAAGUUGUAAGAGAUGCUGUUAGAAAAUUAAAGUUUGCAAGACAUAUCAAGAAAUCUGAAGGCCAGAAGACACCCAAAGUUGAAUUACAAAUCUCAAUCUAUGGGGUAAAAAUUCUAGAUCCAAAAACAAAGGAAGUCCAGCACAACUGUCAACUCCAUAGGAUAUCAUUUUGUGCUGAUGAUAAAACUGACAAGAGAAUAUUUACUUUCAUAUGCAAAGACUCAGAAUCAAAUAAGCAUCUGUGCUAUGUAUUUGACAGUGAAAAGUGUGCGGAAGAGAUAACUUUAACAAUUGGUCAAGCAUUUGACUUAGCUUACAGGAAAUUUUUGGAAUCCGGAGGAAAAGACGUUGAAACAAGGAAACAAAUUGCAGGUUUACAGAAAAGAAUUCAAGAAUUAGAAGCUGAAAACACAGAACUGAAAAAUAAAGUUCAAGAUUUGGAAAACCAGUUAAGAAUAACACAAGUACAUGCAUCUCCACUGCUGCACAUAAAGUGUGAUAAUGAUGAACAUAUGUUUCAAAGACCCUCUACUUUUUUCUGGUGUAACAAUGAGGAUUCACCUCCUUGUUUAGAUAUCUCUUCCAUUACGCUUACUCCUAGGAGUUCUCCUGACUCUAGACUACCAUCUGGAUUGUUAAUACCACCACCUUCAAAAAGUGGUCUUCCAAAGCCAGCCAGUGAAUACAGCUGCCCAAGACCUCGUGCAGGCAGUGUGACACCUAAAUCACCUUCCACUGACAUCUUUGAUAUGGUUCCCUUUUCUCCCAUAUCCCCUCAGUCAUCAACUCCUACUCGCAAUGGUACACAGCCUCCUCCAGUACCCAGUAGAUCUACAGAGAUCAAGAGAGACCUUUUUGGAGCAGAACCUUUUGACCCUUUUAGCUGCGGAGCAGGAGAUUUCCCUCCAGACAUUCAGUCCAAACUAGAUGAGAUGCAG